AUUGUUUACAUCGAAGCCAAAGUCAGAGCCACAGGUGAAAAGAAGUGGCGUAUGUAUUGUGACUCCGUUCAACCCCACGUUCAACCGCAGAAUUCAUCAUCAUCACUAUUAUAUAUACCAGUUUCCUCGUAAAUACCAUGCAUUUAUGGUUAUUCCAUUUUCUGGAAAUUUACUACUGCUCAGCGCUGCUAAUACAUUGUCUACUUCAAACACCGGCUGUAUUAAACCAUGUUAUAUUCAAGCAUCAUAAUUAUGUAGCGCGGAUUUGCUGCACAUUCGGUGUCAAAGACUAUCAUCUGUUCGGGUGGCCUGUUCAUCGAAAUUGGCGUUUAAAUUGUGACUUUCAAAUUCGCUUCAAUUGGCAUGGACAUGAUGGAUGGUAUAUUGAAUAUAUGGAUGUAUGUAUUCACGUAUGGAGUAUGGUGUACAUUGUUGGGGCGGAGUGCAUUCGGUGCAAUGAGUGAGAUGAACCUACUGAGUGGUUCAUCAAGCUUCGAAGGCGUUGUUCAGUAUCGCUAUGAUGGUGUGACUGGUUUAAUCUGCGAUCAGGACUGGGAUCAUCUUGACGCGGAGGUGGCAUGUCGACAGCUUGGCUACCAGCAAGGACUGAGUCUAAAACCGGUAUCACUUGGACCAAUCUCUGGUUACAUCUGGAAUAGAGAUUUCGAUUGUAUAGGAACAGAAGAUCGCCUUGAGAACUGUACCUUCACAGAUGGGGACAUACCGAUCUUUCCGCCUUGUCCUUCAGAUCACAUCGCACAAGUCUCUUGUGGACCUCCCCGUGACUUCGACAUCCGAAUGGCGGGUAGUAACUUCACAGAGCAGGGUCGGUUAGAGGUUCACCUGGAUGGUGAGUGGGGCUCUGUUGCCGACAGAGGAUCGUUCGACGAGGAGACCCUUGGGGUCGUUUGCAGGGUACUGGGAUACCGGGACGGGUCGUCGUUCCGUACCAAUUCCGCGGGAUUCGGGAGAGGAGACGGACCAAUUCUAAUCGACGACCUGCAAUGUGAUAUGUAUACACGGGGCUUCAUUUUCUCUUCUUUAACAACUAAUAUAUCUCAGUGCAAUGUGAUGUUUACAAAUGAUAAUACAACUACGCAGAUUCAUCAAAACGACAUUGGUGUCGUUUGCUAUCCAUAUGAAUCAGUUGCAAAUCACCCUGUAAGAUUGAUCGAUGAAGACGGUGAAAUCAACCCCGAUUAUGGACGAGUUGAGAUCUACCACGAUGGGGAAUGGCGCUCCGUAUGCUCGGAAGAUUACCAUAGGUUUUACUAUCAAAUAUGUUUGGAACUGGACCCGGGAUGGGAUUUCAUCGGGGACACAUUGGAUCUGACGUCUUACAACUUAUCGACAUCCGCUAAACAGGCUUGGUUCGAUCUUCACGCAUGUCUUGGAGUUGAACGACUUUAUAAAUGUGACCACGGUGGAUGGGGUCAAAUCGGACAAUGUCCUGUUCAAAACAUUGCCGGACUGAGUUGUAUUCGGAUACUAACCACUAGAGAACCACCAACUUACCAACCCUCUCCUGGACCUGAGGCAUGGCUAUUCGUAGUCGUUGGCUUCGCAAUUAUCACGAUCCUUUUCUUCGUAGUCCUUUGCAUCUGGCGCUUAUAUAAAGGAAUCCAAGCCCAGACGAAUUCCACUUCUGUUAGGUCACAACCUACAGUCAACAUGGUCGAAGUCAGGGCAGUAUAUCCUUCAGCGUCGAACCCUGAUUCCACUGUUACUGAUUCAGCCCUUAGCUAUAACAACGACCUGCCGCCAUCUUAUGAAUCGGUUGUUUCUGGAUCGCACGCGCAGGUUAAGAGCAAUGACACAGAAACAGGGGAUCUAGGUGGUGACGUUGGUCAGGAUUGAUGUUGGUAAUAGUGGAUGAGACUGGAACUGAAGUACCCUUUCCAGAUACUCUUCCAGAGAAAGGGACACUCUCUGACUUGGAAUCAGUCUUUCAUACUUGGAAUCACCAAUCAGGUAGUAAUGAUGAUAUUGGUAGGGCUGGAACCGGAGUAGCCCUACCUGAUGAAGCCUAUAGUCUUUCUUUUAUGACGGUAAUUUCGGUAGGACUGGAACUUCAGUAUCCCCAUCAGAGACCCUUCCGGCCUUUGGACUUGGAAUCAGUCUUUCGGACGAGGAGUCACCAAUGGAACCGAAGAAGCCCUUCGUGAGGAACUCUAGUCCUUCCGACUUGAAAUCAGCUGUUAAUUAUGAUGAUGAUGAUGAUGAUUAUGGUGAUGAUGAUUAUGAUCAUAAUGAUGAUGAUGGUGAUGAUGAUGAGUUGAUGAUGCUAAUAGUGCUGUGGGCUGGAACUGACGUACUCCUUCAAAAGGAACCCUAUCAUAUUUCUGUCUAUAAAUCCAAACGACCCUCCAUUUUAAAGAUUUGUCCAAUGUAAUUUGUAUUCGAAAACUAUGCAAGAACGAAUUAUGGAAAUCAUUUGUCUAUUUCAUACGAAUCUUGAAUCCUUUUGGAAAGAAGAGUCAUUUAAAGAUAUAAUUGUUGAAUUACGAUAUGAUUGUUGAAAAGUAAACACCGACUAAAUUUACUCACUAUAAAAGGUAAUUCCUCUUUUCUAUUGCCCAACAAAAUGCAAUGAAUGUUUAUAUUGCAUUUAUCUCGGUAUUAAACUCAUUAAUGAAAUAUCGAUCCCAUUAAACGUGUGUCGUGUUCUUUUUAAAUGUAUGUUUACUUUUUGUUGGAAUUUCAAGUCUAUUAAUUUACUAUUUUCAUAUAUCUAAUAUGCUGCACCCCUAGGUACUUUCAAAAGUAGGAUUGUAAUUACUCUCAAAUGUGCGGCCAUCCCCGCUCCGCGAACGCAGACGAUCAUAACAAGCCCAAAUGUAUGUUGUUUUUUUCAGAAUGUCGAUUCAUAUAUGCAAUGUAUAUGUUGUGGUUGUACCAUGUAUUCAUUACACUCUAAAAACUGAAAUGCUAAAAUAAAUAUUUUGAAAGGCUGGAGUGACAACCUUCUCUAAAUGUUGCAUUUACAGACCUGCCAACCGUCUACAACCAAAAAAAGUAUUCUUAGAAGGAGAAAAAAGUAUUUUUUGACAAAAAGACAAUUUUUAAACAUUUGGCUCAACAUAACAAUCGGCUUUAAUCGCCAGCCUGUUGUAGUGAGAUCGGUGAAAAAACAUGUGAAAUGACCCUACUUAAAACUUGAUAAUUCACCCUUUUAAACAUGUGCUCGUAGGCGAGAAUUUACUUGUUCUUUUCAUGCAACAAGUUACUAGCCUGAUAGGGAUUUUUACCGGUCUGGAACUGUCAGACCGCCGCGGCACGAGAUGUGUAUAAUACAUACUCCAUGAUUGG